GAAAAGCCCGUGAAACAAGAGGAAAUGGCUGCCUUGGACGUGGACAGCGGUGGCGGCGGCGGCAGCGGCGGCGGCGGCCACGGCGAGUAUCUGCAGCAGCAGCAGCAACAACAACAGCAACAGCAGCAGCAGCAGCACGGAAACGGCGCGGUGGCGGCGGCGGUGGCCCAGACAGGUGAUUUGGCUUCUGCACAGUUAGGAGGAGCGCCAAAUCGAUGGGAGGUUUUGUCAGCUACGCCUACAACUAUAAAAGAUGAAGCUGGUAAUCUAGUACAGAUUCCAAGUGCUACUACUUCAAGUGGGCAGUAUGUUCUUCCUAUUCAGAAUUUGCAGAAUCAACAAAUAUUUUCUGUUGCACCAGGAUCAGAGACAUCAAAUGGUACAGUGUCCAGUGUUCAAUAUCAAGUAAUACCACAGAUUCAGUCAACAGAUGGUCAGCAGGUUCAGAUUGGUUUCACAGGCUCUUCAGAUAACGGGGCUAUAAAUCAAGAAAGUGGUCAAAUUCAGAUCAUUCCUGGCUCUAAUCAAACUUUACUUGCCUCUGGAACACCUCCUAGUAAUAUCCAGGAUCUUAUACCACAGACUGGUCAAGUCCAAGUUCAGGGAGUUGCACUUGGUGGUUCAUCUUUUCCUGGCCAAACUCAAGUAGUUGCUAAUGUGCCUCUUGGUCUGCCAGGAAAUAUUACCUUUGUACCAAUCAAUAGUGUCGAUCUAGAUUCUUUGGGACUCUCUGGCAGUUCUCAGACAAUGACUGCAGGCAUUAAUGCCGAUGGACACUUGAUAAAUACAGGACAAGCUAUGGAUAGUUCCGACAAUUCAGAAAGGACUGGUGAGCGAGUUUCUCCGGAUAUUAAUGAAACUAAUACUGAUACAGAUUUAUUUGUGCCAACAUCAUCAUCUUCACAAUUGCCCGUGACUAUAGAUAGUACAGGUAUAUUACAACAAAACACAAAUAGCUUGACCGCUUCUAGUGGGCAAGUACAUUCUUCAGAUCUUCAGGGAAAUUAUAUCCAGUCGCCUGUUUCUGAAGAGACACAGGCUCAGAAUAUUCAGGUUUCUACAGCACAGCCUAUUGUACAACAUCUACAACUUCAAGAGUCUCAGCAGCCAACCAGUCAAGCUCAAAUUGUGCAAGGUAUUACACCACAGACAAUCCAUGGUGUGCAAGCCAGUGGUCAGAAUAUAUCACAACAAGCUUUGCAAAAUCUUCAGUUGCAGCUGAAUCCAGGAACCUUUUUAAUUCAGGCACAGACAGUGACCCCUUCUGGACAAAUAACUUGGCAAACUUUUCAAGUACAAGGGGUCCAGAACUUGCAGAAUUUGCAAAUACAGAAUACUGCUGCCCAACAGAUAACUUUGACGCCUGUUCAGACUCUCACUCUUGGUCAAGUUGCAGCAGGUGGAGCUUUGACUUCAACUCCAGUUAGUCUAAGCACUGGUCAGUUGCCAAAUCUACAGACAGUUACAGUAAAUUCUAUAGAUUCUACUGGUAUACAGCUACACCCAGGAGAGAAUGCUGACAGUCCUGCAGAUAUUAGGAUCAAGGAAGAGGAACCUGAUCCUGAAGAGUGGCAGCUCAGUGGUGAUUCUACAUUGAAUACCAAUGAUUUAACACACUUAAGAGUACAGGUGGUAGAUGAAGAAGGGGACCAACAACAUCAAGAAGGAAAAAGACUUCGAAGGGUAGCUUGCACCUGUCCCAACUGUAAAGAAGGUGGUGGGAGAGGAACUAAUCUUGGGAAAAAGAAACAACACAUUUGUCAUAUACCAGGAUGUGGUAAAGUCUAUGGGAAGACCUCACAUCUGAGAGCUCAUCUGCGUUGGCAUUCUGGGGAGCGCCCUUUUGUUUGUAACUGGAUGUUCUGUGGUAAAAGAUUUACUCGAAGUGAUGAAUUACAGAGGCACAGAAGAACACAUACAGGUGAGAAGAAAUUUGUCUGCCCAGAAUGUUCAAAACGUUUUAUGAGAAGUGACCACCUUGCCAAACAUAUUAAAACACAUCAAAAU